AUGUCUAAUACAUUUCUCAAGAUCGCCCGACCUGCGAGCCUUGUCGUCAGCGUAAAGUUCGCUGCAACAGAGGCACACCGUGUUCGCAAUGCUCUCGUCUACAGCUCUCCUGCAUCUAUGAAACACGAAAACGGCGUGCGCCACUCAGGCCAGCACCAGACGCCCAACCCGUACGACGUGACUCCGUUUCACCAGCAUUACCAGCUUCGCCAGCUCAAGGAUCGCAAUCCAACCAAGAAGUCUUAA